UUCGUUUUUUGCUUCUGCCAACCUGUCACCCUCACUCCUCCAUCAACUCAGCGCUGUCACAUCCUAUCGUCGCGCGAGCGCGUUAGUUGCGCAAAGCGGGAACAAGCCGCUGCUGUGAGAAAAUGGCUGUUGUUCAUUCGAUCCGUUGCUGUGGACCAACGGGCUGGCGUAUUUCAUUAGAUUGUGUUUGUCACCCCACUCGCGAUUGUUGGUCGCCAACGGUAGUUCGUAGAAAUGGUUACCGAGCCUUAGGAGGGCUUUGCGACACAACAACAGUGCGCACUUUGUUUUGGUGAAAUUGUUGACUGUCACUGUUUUUUUCAUUUUAUUUGUCCGGGCGGGUCCGAGACGCGCGACGCGCCAUUUCGAAAGUAAUCGGCGGGAAACUAGACGCCCAAGUAGGUCGGCGGUGUCCGGUGGGCCCCCUCCUUCCAGGGCGUAAAUACGUAUUGGCGUAACGGGGUUUACUUCCCAGAAUAUAAUGGAUGAAAGUGCGUUCGAAUGCAUUUUUUACACUUUCUUCUAGGGUUAGAGGGUUUGAAAGACUAAACAACAGCUUAACUUUGGCACUGCAAUAGACGCUGGUAUGCAUCAUUAAAGCAGUAAAAAUGCAAUAGGAAGGCAAUCGUUGGAUGUGUAAUAACAGGCUUACAGUUUAAAGGUAAAACAACUUUCUACAAAAAACAGCAUGGGACAAAACAUUCUUUUUAAGAAUUGAGGAGAUUCGUUCUAUGCAAAACUUAUCAAAAAGCAAAAUUCAAUAGAUAGCAUGCAAUUGAAAUUGAACUAAUAAGUUCGCACUAUAAAAAAAAUAAAUAAAAUUGAUACAAACGAAAAAUUGGCCUUAAACACGAUUUAUAGCUUAACUGCAGUGGCUCUCAAAAGGUUGAUUGGAAAAGUUAUUUAAGGAAACUUAUAUAAUUAAAUAUCUUGUCCAAGUGUAAACAAUUAACCUACAGACAACUCGCUCAUCAAAAUAUGUCCAAAGGAUACAAUUUUGUGGGUUGUUUUAUUACGAUUUAUGUCUAAGGAACUCAUGACGCCCAACAACAGGCUAUGUUGUUUAUUAAAAUUUAGCUUGACAAGGACAGUUACCCGUAUUGCUCAAGAAACCCAAACAAAUUUUGGCACUUUUUCCGUUUCUUCAAAGAUACAUAGGACCAUCAAUUAUUUGACUUCGUAUCACGUUGUUUUUGCACAUUUUGGCCAGAAUAGCACAGACAACAUAUGAUAAUCCAUGUUGGAACAAGAUGCUAAGAAAGAUUUUUUCAAUGGCAUUCAAUGGCAUCUAGAGUUUAUAUCUAGCUUGAGAAUUGGCUAAGAUAUUGGAAAAUUUUGCGCAAAGGUUGAGUACACCAUACAUUUAGAGAGCCACUGUAUUGGGGUUUUACGAUUAGUCUUAUCCUCCUUUUAUUUUCUUUCAAUCCAUCCCAUUCAGUAAAAAAAUCUUCAAAAACAUCAACAUUCUUUAAAUAAUUGAUCAUAGUAGGCUACUUCUUGACAACCACGUCAUAACAGAGUAGGAUUACAAAACAGAAAAUUCAAUUAGUCGAGCCGACUUUUCUACAAACAAAGUCAUGAAGCUCGUGGUACUCUGCAAGUUCUUGCUGGCUCUAAUGGCAGCGAACCUUACUGCCGGCGAGACAGAACACCAUCUGAACUCCAUUUUCCUUUCCGGCGAGUACACCAACUACUGUCAGCUGGAAUGUGCCGGAGCUCAGCUGCACACACUGUGCGAAAGGGUAAGUAAGAACCAGUUUUUUUUUCUAGUAAUUUCCACUAAAUAACCAAUUUCUGACCUUUCCCAUUACAGCCAACCGUUCCAGCCCGCUCCCCCGAGCACUGCCCCAACUUCCAGCAACUCCUGGGCAACUCCGACCUCUGGACCACCAUCCUGGACGCGCACAAUGGCGUGCGGAAUCGGUUUGCGAUCCGCUCCCAGGUCACCAACAUGAAGAAGCUCGUCUGGGACGCUGAGUUGGCGCGGAUGGCCCGGCUACACCUGGCCAGCUGCGAGCGCUACGAACCCGACCCUUGCACCCAGCUCCAGAACCCCUCCGUCUACAGCCGCGAUUACCGCAACGUGCGCCAAAGCAAAGCGUUCGUGGUCGAGCGCUACCUGCCCAAGUACUACGCAUUCGACGUCCUGCGCAACUGGUACCUGCAGAAGGACGAAACGCCCGAUCCGAAGAUAACGGCCAGCCUGCAGAUGCAGUACUCGGUGCUGAACAACUUCACCCUGCUGACCUGGGCCAGCCUGGAACGGGUCGGGUGUGCCGCGGCCAAGUAUCGCGACGGUUUCCAGCUCGUGUGCAACUACUUCCCGUUCUACUCGCUUGCCGAGUCGAGUGCCGAGCUGGGCCUGCCGGCACGGCGCUGCCCACGUACCUUUCCCCUGCGCAGCAAAAUCUUCGAGGGGCUCUGUACGUUCGAGCUGGAUGGUGCGGUGAGCCGGCGGGUUUCCCGUCUGGUGGCGGCGAUGCUUCCGCUGGUUUGGCUUUGGCAAACGAAGACGCUGCAGCAGCAGCUGGAGCUGUUAUAGAAGAGGAGAUGUGUUUGAAUACUUACGGGUACCGGCAGG